CUUGUAAUUGUAACCUCCACGCUCGCAGAUGUCGCUUCAAUAUGGAAUUAUACAAAUUAUCCGGUGGGACAUCUGGCGGCGUGUGUUUAAACUGCCGACACAACACUGCCGGGAGGCAUUGCCAUUACUGCAAAGAAGGCUACUAUAGAGAUAUCACCAAGCCUAUUUCACACAGAAAAGCGUGCAAAGCUUGUGACUGUCAUCCUGUUGGAUCUUCCGGUUUAACCUGUAAUCAAACUAAUGGACAAUGUCCUUGCAAAGAUGGAGUGACAGGCACCACCUGUAAUCGGUGUGCGAAAGGGUAUUUUCAAAGCCGGUCAACAGUAGCACCUUGUAUUAAGGUUCAUAAGACUGAUAGAAUUAAACCUGUCAGAAAACACGAAGAGAAGUGUGGAAAGUGUACAGCGGGCAAAAAAAGAUUAAGUCUCAGAAAGUACUGCAAAAGGGAUUAUGCUAUCCAAGCAGAUAUCCUCUCCCGAGAGACCGUUGGAGAUUGGGUGCGGUUUGGAAUACACGUCAGACACGUCUUUAAAGCAGGACCCAUAAAGUUACGAACAGGACCUCAGUCACUGUGGAUAUCACAGUCUGAAAUAGCCUGCAGUUGCCCUAAACUAAGACUGAAACAUUCUUAUCUGAUUUUAGGAAAUAACGAAGAAAGUAAAAAAUAUGCUGGUUUGCAUGCAAGUAGAGACAGCAGUGUUAUUGAAUGGAAACGUGAUUGGCCAGAUCGCAUGCGUCGGUAUCAACGACGUCAAAGAAAUGGUAGAUGCGGCGACUUUGAUUAAAUUGCAACACCCAGAUCUGUGAAGAAUUGUCAAUUAAGAUGUAAGGGACGAAGAAGAUAAUUUUAUGUUUCUAAAGUACUGUUUCUUGACCAUCUAGGUAGUCAAUAAUUAUCUGUAAAUAUCAUAAACUUUGUUUUGAUACCUCCCCCCUUUUUAUUUUGUAAAUUAUUGGGAGAAAAUUUUCUUCUUCUGUGUUUGUUUAUUGAUAUCUAGUAUUUUGUUCAAGUAUGUAAAGUAUAAAUUAGUUCUUUUAAAUAUUUCAUUUAACACUAAUUUUUAAUGUUCCCGUUUGUUAAAGGAAAACUCUGACAUAAACUUAUGAUCAGUAACAAAGAUUCUGUAUUUUAUUCCAUCCUAGAUUUUUGUCAAGCUGAAACUGUCUGAAUUUGUCUAAAGUAUAUUUACUUUCCUUUCUUCAGAUAGCGUAUAUUAUCCAUAAAUUUCAAACGUGUUAUUAAUUAAUACUAAAUUAAAUGUAUUAAUUCUAAAUUUUUAUUGAUUAAUACUUUAACUGAUUAAUAUCUUUGAAUGAUAAUUCUUACGAAUUGUGUUGCGGCAUUUCCAUUCUAAUGAUCACAUGUUGCAACUAUACCCCAUCCCCAUAAAGAAGGCAGAGUGUGUUUUAAAAUACUUCUUUCAAAUAAAAGAUAAUUUUACCUGAAAAUAAACUUAGAUGAUCACGUGAUGUAUUUAGAUAAAACAUUUUGUAAAACUUUUAAGUUUUAGGUAUUAAAUUCAGAUGAAAGUUGUUAUUUUAUAUCAAAGCUUUUAACUCAAGUUUGCUGAAGUUAAAAGCUUUUCUAUCUCAUUAUAUAGACAAAAGAAUUUAAAACUCACCCGAAUUUAAAAUUUUAAAAAUAUGGUUAAGAAACUUGAUAUAAUUUUUUUUAAUUUGUAAAACAUUAUUUUUCUUUAUGUCCAGAAAUUUAGUUCCAUAGCUAUCCAGAAGUCAUUUUUUUCCCAAAAUGAGCUUAACACUGUAAUCGUUUUCGUCAAGUUUUUCAAUUUUUAAUCUGUAGAUGUGGUUUUGAUUUUUCCGUCAUUAUUCAGUUUUCUUAUUUGGUAGCAGACUUACCUAAUUUAGCAAUUUUCGAAAAAAUUUAAAAUGUUCUUCCUUUUAUAAAAACUGUUUUCUUAAUUUCCUGUUCAUUCUGUUAAAUUUUUCUUUAUUGCUUUAAGUGUUAAACUUUCCUAGCCUGUGAAUUCAAGGAACAUUAGAAUAAUAUCUCGUCAGUUUCAGAACAUGCCGCCAGGUUUCUAACAAUAAUAGAAGCUGAUAUUUCAUUCAUAUUUCUAGAAAUAAGUCAUGCAUAGCAAUGUUGAAAAUGUACAAAUUCAUUACAUCAAAGCUGCCAUCUGUAUAAGAAUUAUAAAUUUUAACUAUUUUGGGAUAAUUUUUGUAUCUCUAUAUAAACGUAAAAGAUAAUUUAUUUAGUUGCAAUGGGCAAAAUAGAAAUGUACCACCAAACGGGAAUAUAUUUUUGAAUAUGAAAAUUUUAUUGGCUUUCUAGCUCAUAUAUUGUAACAAUAAAAUGCAUUCAUUACUACUGUUAUGUAAAACUUCAGCACCUUUUAAGCUCAGAAAAGUACUCUCUUUUUAAUCUAUUAGAUUCAUUCUUGAUUUCUCUUUCCAAUCUAUCUUGACCUAUUGUACUUUUAGUUUUUAUAGAACGCGCGAAAGAUUUUUUAAAGUUACUCUUUCCUUAACAAUCGCUGGUUUUCCCUAUGUGUAACGUGUAUACGAGCCAGUUUCCCUUAGAAAGCCCUCCACGAAGGCAUCCUUCCCUUUAGGCAGAUAGCCCUCGAGGCUUUUCCAGAAUCACAUACACACCGUAACAAUCGCUACUAAAAGCUCAAACGCGCAUGCGCACUGCGGACUAAUUUAAUUCCCAAACAGAAUAAAAGAACAGGAUGCUUAAAAUUAGGUCUUUUUACGUUUUUAUUUCAUAUUUAUUUAAAGAGGGGAAAAAAAGGAGGAAGGAAUAAAAACUAUAAAACUUGCAACAAAAUUGUAUUAACUAGAUGGAAGUAUAUCUUUGAUUCCUCUUUACAUACACUAUUUUCUAUCUGACACCUUUCCUAAACGAGUGUUAAGUGUUUUGCCAACGGGUCAAUGAGAAUCACUGUGGCUUGAAAGUACAUGUAUUUCAUUGUAUUUCUAAUUGGUAUAAGUAUAAAUUUAAAUUAUUUAUCUGCAGUAAAUAUUAUUUAAAAUAUAAUUUUCUACAUGUGAAGAAGAUGUAGAAACUAACUAUAAAAACUAUUAAUUCAAUAGUGUUAUGAGGAAUUAGAUAAAGGUCGACUACUAAAAUUAUUCUUGUAAACUGCAGUCAUACAAAGAGCCAAAAAGAGAAGUUUUAGCUUUCAAAUAAUAUUAAAGUCUGCCAAGAAAAGAGAUAAUUUUAUCAAAAACUCCUCACUUAAUGUUUUUCUCAAUAAAAAAAGAGGAGGAGCUGCAAUUUACUUGCAUAAUCAAGAACGAUUCAAGACAAUGUUCGCCAAAUUAUUUUUAUGAAGAAUUUGUUUCCUAAAUUCUAUAGAAAGGACUUUUAUAUUGAAUCACACAAUGUGUCAUAAAAUAUUCUUCUAUUAAUAUUAUGUCUUUCUGAUGUUAUUUUUAUCUUUAACAAAAAAGAACAAUCCAGAAACAAAGAGUAUCUGUAACUUAUUCGACUUUAUGUGUGGUUGAAUGCCACACGAAAGACUUAUGCAGAAAAGGCAUUAUUAUUCAACUGAUUUGAAUUUGACGGUUCUUGAUUUCUAUAAGCAUAUUAAAAUAGCUUGCGUUAAUUUCAGUAAGUCCAACAGGUUAUAGAAGUGUGAAAUAUUUAAAAACUUUCUAAGUAAAUAUUUUCUCAUAAGGACUGCAGUGUAAAUUUUAAUAAUGGACUGCAGUGUAAAUUUUAAUAUUUGAUUGUUGUAAAAUCGAUUCUGUUUUAACCUUUUAAAUGUAACACCUGUUUGAUAUAUUUACUCUUUUAACGUGCCAAAUGUGUCGUAAGAAUCUGAAAGUUGAUACUUUUAAUAAAACUAUUACUGCUAUGUUUAUAUUAGUUUUAUUUUAUUACUGCCAGUUCGAUCGAGUUCCGAUCAUGAUGUGUCAUGAAUUUGAAUAAAUUCAUUUUACAGUACUGUAGUUUAUUAUGUCUUUUUUAAAAAGCACGUUUUGACAGAAAUAGGUUCUGUAAAUAGUAACUGAAGUGUGAUCACGAGAUUAUCGUGUUAAGAAAAAAAUUUAAUGUCUGUAUAUAAUAAAAGCAUUAUGAAAUAAAAAUCUCAGCCUUUCUCGGA